UUUUCUUAUAUUUGUUUCAGACAUUUUUUCAGGGCCUGGCCUUGAUGACGUCAUUGAGAUAAGACUACUGGGUGCAAUAUAUGUUUGAUGUUUACCGACUUCAGUUCAGUUUAAUACUGUCAACCAAACCUUAGGGUUCUCACACAAUAUGCAGUACAGUACACAACAUACACUACAGUACAUGCUUAGUACACUCAUGCAAAGAAAGUUAAACUUUAAGUACAAAAAGAAGUUGUACAUGGUGAUUGUAGUGUUUAUGUACAUAUCAGAAGUGUACUGUGAGUACACAGGACUAGAUACUAGAUCAUGUACUGGGAGGGAGCAGAAACGUAUUUUGAAUAAUAUGCCAGCUUGUCAAGUACGUGACACGGUUGUUGAUCUGAGACCAAUAUUUAGUAAUAGAAGUAAUGUAGUAGAGGUUAUUCCCUCCCAUGCUGUAGUAGGAAGGUGUGGUGGGGGGUGUAACCUCCCUCACCAUACCUGCCAGCCUCGCACCUCAGUUUUAACCAAGAUGGAGGUAAUGUUAGUCCUUGACGUCUGGCCUCAGGGAGAACACGAGGUGGUCUGUAGUCAGGCCUGGGUUCAGGAGGAUCAGGAUUGUACAUGUGAUUGCAGAAUCCGGGCUGAACACUGUUUACCAGAUGUACAACAGUACAACGCACAAGCUUGCAGAUGUGUUUGUACAAAUGUCGAGGAACGAACUGCUUGUUUGGAACGAGAUAUGAUCUGGGAUCCAUAUUCUUGUUCCUGUUCCUGUCCUAGGCAUACAUUACAGCACUGUUCUACAGGCUAUGUUUUUGAUCUGUCCAAGUCAUGUCGCUGCAUCCAAAUUUCCUUGAUUGCGUCUGAGGGAAUGUUGGCAGCUAUCAUUGUUAUUAUUUCUAUCAUUGUAUUAACUGUUCUCACAGGAAUUUUGAUGUACCGUACUCAAACUGGUGUAUUCCGACGGGAGCGGAAGAUUGGUGGGAUGGAAACUGAUUCUACGCAAAAUGCGCGUACGCGUCUGAUGACGCAACAAUCUAGAUCUGAAUUUGACUUAUUUGUCGGAAACUCUAAGCGGACUCUGAAGGAGUUUGAUGAAACCAAGUUGGCGGGUAUUCUGGAAGAAAAAUAGAAUAUAUUUAAACUCAAACUCAAGAACAGGAGAAGUUUAUGAUAAUUAGUUCGACUGGAAAAUCUGUAAGCUACAGGGUGUCCCACGAAACAUUGGCAGUUGGCGAAUAGUUUAAAAUGUCUUCUUCCAUAAUAUUUCAAGUUGUUUGUUACCAUAGAGAAUAAUAAUAAAUAUUUUAUGGCAUCCAUAUUA